UAAUACAGCAAACUGCACAAUGAGUUGUUCAAUAAGCACUGGUGGUGUAAUGUUUACAGUAUUUGAAUUGCGUAGUUUGUAUCGAUGCACAAGGAAUUGAUCGUUCGCAAACGUUGGUCAUAUUCAGUAAAGACAAUUUGUUUUAAUAAACGCGACACUGAGCAAAUCUAUUGUUGACCGUUUAGGUAUUUAGUUUAAGUUUGUGUAGCUAAAGUUAACCGUCUGACUGUUCAAGAAUGUUGUUAAUUAGCUGUUGGACGAUCGUAAUUAUAUCAUCGACGAUUAACUUCACAGCUGCACAGGCACCCGUUCUCACUGCUAAUUCAACCAACAUAAGGGUGAACGAAGCUUUGGAGUUGACAUGCACGUUCACAAGUGGGACUCUAAUACAGUGGAAAUAUCAAGGCCGGAAUGGCACAUUAAUUCAAUCCGUUGCUACAAAGCCAGAUGGAACCUGUUUGUUCGAUCCUGAUCCGAUAGCGAGUUCCUUCAAACAAUGUGAAUGCAGCCUAUCAACAAAAACAACAUGCACACUGAAAGAACAGACCUUAUCUAACACAGGCGAUACAUGGAAGUGCAUUGUAACAGCCAAUGGCGAGGAGCAUGAUAGUAACCCAGUAAUACUACAAGUGGCAGAUCUGAGCGGUAGCCAUUUGGUACAUUUCACAUGUUGUAAUGGUAGUUGCCACGACAAAACAAAUUUUGUGAACUACAACCGAUACCUUGUAGUGGCGCCGGAUGUCCUCUAUGUUGGUGCAAUGAACUACUUGUAUGGGUUGAAUAAAAAAGAUCUGACCUGUACAAAAUAUCGGGCAUUUCCAACAGACGAGGCUACUAAAAAACGAUGCAGAUUGCAGGGCAAAACAGACGUCCCAGACUGCCAGAACCACAUUCGAGUCAUCACGGAGAAUAACAAUCGUAGCCAGCUGUUUGUGUGCGGGACCGGGGCCUACUUCCCCACCAAAUAUACCCUCAAUACAAAUUUUACAGAUGUUGUGAGUAGUGGUAGAGGAAACGGCAUCUGUUCAUUCGAUCCAAAUGAUAAUGCAACAUCCUUAUUCACAAAUACAGGAAACCUGGGAAAUGGGGCUGCAAUGUAUUUCGGCACCUACUCCGACUUUCUGAAGAACAAUCCUGUGUUCUUUCGACCCACAUUCGUCGGGACAGACGGCAUCGAGUAUAACGACAAGAGUACGAACCAAAAUGACUCCAAGUGGCUCAAUCUCCCCCAAUUCGCAGGCACGUUCGAUGAAGGGAACCAAGUUUUUACAUUUUUCAGAGAAACUGCUCUCGAGUUCCCAGAUCCGUCAGUGAAACAAACAUACGCCAGAGUUGCUAAAGUGUGCAAGCAAGACCUUGGUGGUGGCUACAUGAACAAUACUAAAUGGCUGUCAUUCCAGAAGGCAAGACUUAAUUGCUCGCUGCCGGGCCGUGACCCAUACUACUUUGAUUAUCUCUAUGAUAUCUUCAAAAGUGGAGACCAAUACUUUGGGCUUUUUGUCAAGCAUGGGGCUGACCUCAACUCCUCAGCCAUCUGUAUGUUCAGCAAGUCACGAAUAGAGGAGUCCUUCAACGGCAGGUUCAAGUACAAGGAUGGUGAUGUCUGGAAGCCAGUUCCGGAUAACCUCAAUCCUAAUCCAAGACUUGAUAAUUGUACAGCCCACGAUUCUAAUGCGGCCAUAUUUGAAAACCGUGUUUCGGAAUAUCAGCUAAUGGACAAGAACGUGGAUAUGGAAUACGAGGGCCCGAUAUUCUACAAGCAUGGUGUACAGUUCAUGAAGAUCGUGGUCGGGCCAGAGUUCAAUAAAAGUAGAAACAUCUAUUUGGCUUCAGAUAAGGGAAGAGUGCACGACAUUUUUAUGAAGACAUUCCCCAGCGGCAAGCCGAGAUGUAUUGAAAAUGCUGUGUACAAGCCUUUGAAGAAAGAUGCUCCUAUAUGGGACAUGAAACUUGAGAGUUCAAACCUGUACCUGGGCACCGAUCAUGAAGUGGUGAAAUUCGACCUGACAAACACCUGCGCAAAAAUGGCUAAAUGUGACGCAUGCGUGUAUAACACUCUGUGUGCAUACUGCAAUAACUUUUGCGAUGUCAGUUCAUGUACAGGCACUGGUUACCUUAGAGCAGACCACAACGAUGUGCAUCAAACUGUCAGCCUAGUGGAUAUUCUUAAGGAUAAACAAAUUAUUAAAGAGAUUACAGAGAGUACAGUGCCCACUUCUCAGACAGCUUUCGUGGGAGUCUGCAGCACACUUCAGAUCACGUCACAAAAUAUCCGCUUCACAGAUGUCACUUGGUUUAAAAAAGCAAGCACAGCCAAUGGUCGGAAAAGGAGAAGCGAUGCAGAUGCGUACACUGUUAUUGAAGACCCAACUAGAACUGCCACAUCUAAAUCUGGCAAUUUAAUUAUUUGCAAUUUGACAACAAACGAUAGUGGCAUAUAUAUUGCAAGGAGCACAGACGAUGGGCGAAUACUGGCAAAGAUACAAUUGAACGUUCAAACUUCGACAGAAAAUAAAGACUUAGUGGAAGUUUGGAAACAGGCCGUCGAUGAUUGGGAAGUAUCCUUCAGAAAGUGGCAGGACUGUUAUUCAGAUUAGUUUGAAACCUGUUAAGCCACACGGUCAUCCUGAUGUGUGUUGUUUACCUUCUGAUGUCAGACAUCUUGGUCACAUCUUACCAACGUCUUAUCAAACACUUGAAAAUUUCAGAAUGUUACCCUGAGAUAAUUAGAUUGCAAAUGUCAUUAGCAAAGCGAAGGCAGGCUAUACUACUCGAUCCGGUUCUCAUAUUGGUUUAGGUCUAUGUAAAUGUUGUCUUUUUGCUAAAAUGGUGUUUCAUAAUUGCUUUAUUUAACUUGAAACAAUAACCACAGGAUUUAACCCUUUACCACUAAGAUACAUAUUUCGACGCAUUUGUGGUCCCUUAGAAAGGAACAUUUAAUUAAAUACCUUUCUUUCUAAAUCCAUGUUUUUAAGGGUUCAUUUCCAACCCUUAGUUACUGAUUAGCAGCAAAUAGCAUAAAUCCUAUACAGACUGCAAGUUACUCGCAGGCUGUUAUGGUUUUAUGUUGUUUGCACAUAGCCAUUUUCACUUCGCAUCUGAGUGGGAAGGGUUAAGUUACGAACUAAGCCAAGUUUAAGUGAAUAUUUUAUAUUGUUCUUUUUUGCAUUUAUUAUUAUACAAAUGGGCAAUGCUGCCGCCAUAUCAAACAAGCAUGACAUGAAUCAAGCAUGCCAAAGACAUUGUUCACUUGCCAUAGUGAGUGGGUGAGUGGAAUUUAACACUCAAGAUAAUGCUAGUGGCUUGAAAACAAAUUGGACAAUUUCGUAGUUUAGGGCAAUAACUCUCUUCUGUAUGUAUAGGGUGAUUGCCUUUUGUUCGUUUUUCAUGAGUAAACAUAAAUUCAUAAAUAAUGAAGGGAGUAACAUAUGACUUCAUAUAUAUUGAUGGAGGACAUUUAGAGUAAGGUCUAUGGGUACACAUACUGAAACCUUUUCUAAAUUAUCUUUCGGAUUAUUUCCUUUUGUUUCUCUUUGAGAAAAACUAAUACUUAGUGGGGAUCACAGUGACAUCCCGUUUUGUGUGUUGAUGUGUUUUUUCGUUAUUUCGAAAUCUAUAGAGUAUAUAUUGUGUGAUUAUGCACAUAGAUUGCCAAGCAAAGACUUAACACAUUUCAAAAUCUGUUGGGUGUAAAUGUGGUGAAAAGAAUUGAUGUGUGUACAUUCUAAUAAUUUGUUACCACUUUGUAACUAAACUUCCAUAAAACAGAUUACCAGUUAAGGGCAAAACAG